AUGAAGGGACUCAAUUUCGCAUCGGCGUGGGCGAGGUCGAGAGCGAGUACGAAGGCGAUUUCUUGGACUUGUGGGAGGUGUACGCAGAGAGAGUCGAAGAAAUCUUGGGUGCAGAAUGCGGCAUAUUCGACGGGGAAGAGGGGAGGGAACGGGAACGGGAACGGGAAUGGCUAUGGAAAUGGAAAUGGAUAUCAGCAGAGUCGAAAAGCGAAUAAAGUUAUCAUGGCCUCUGCUGUGGGGGGUGUAGCUCUGACUGGACUUGCUUUUACGGACGAUGUGAGGCAUGCGUACGAGGCGGUGGAGAGGACGGGGAGAGUGGUUAGUACGCUGUUUGUUUGUAUAAAUGAUUAUCGAGUUACAUUGAACCAUAAUGAGAAGAUUGGAGAUGAGGCAGAAAAGGGUAGAAUGUUGAAGGAUUGUCAUCAGAGAUGUGCGGAUCGGACAUUAAGAGUGUUGGAGAAGAAUGGGAGUAUAUUCAUAAAACUUGGGCAACAUUUGAGUGCUAUGAAUUACCUUCUACCUUUAGAAUGGACCACCACGUUUAUACCCUUGCAAGACAAAUGUCCUGUUUCGUCAAUGGAGUCGAUAGAAAAAUUGUUUAUGUUAGAUACGGGCGAACAACUUUCAGACUACUUUUCGGAAUUUGCAGAAAAACCAAUAGGGGCAGCGUCUCUUGCUCAGGUACAUUUGGCGACUGUUAAGGAAACGGGACAGAAGGUUGCGGUGAAGGUGCAACAUCCGAACUUGGCGGAAUGGGCGGCUCUUGAUCUGGCAUUGACUGGCUUUACAUUCUCGACAUUGAAGAAAUUCUUUCCGGAAUAUGAUCUAGAAUGGUUGUCAUCGGAAAUGGAAGUUUCUUUGCCAAUUGAACUGGACUUUACCGAGGAGGGGAAAAAUGCUCUACGGGCAAAGGACUACUUCUCACGGUUACCCGAAUUACCACUGGUUAUACCUGAUGUUUUGUGGGCAAAGAAACGCAUUUUGGUCAUGGAGAAUGUAGCAGGACAUCGUCUAGAUGACCUCGAAUUCCUAGACUCCAAUGGCAUCGAUCGCGACGAAGUUUCCGCUGCCCUCUCACGUAUUUUUAACGAGAUGAUUUUCGGGAAUGAUGCCCCUCUACAUUGUGAUCCUCAUGGAGGCAAUCUCGCCAUUCGUAAAAACGAUAAUCGCCGCGGUGCCAAUUUCGAUGUAAUCCUCUACGACCACGGUCUCUACCGCGAUAUUCCCCUCAAACUCCGUCGCUCAUAUGCCAAGCUUUGGCUUGCAGUAAUCGACGCCAACGAACCUCGCAUGCGCAAAUAUGCUAAAGAGGUGGCCGGUGUCACAGAUGAACAGUUCCCCCUAUUUGCCUCGGCUAUAACGGGGAGGGAUUACACAAUCCUAACAAAAGACGUAGCACUCGAACGAUCAGAGGAAGAAAAGAAAAAUAUUAAUGAUGCGUUGGGUGAAGGGAUGCUUCAACAACUUGUACAAAUGUUAGGACAGGUUCCGAGAAUUAUUUUGUUGAUAUUAAAGACGAAUGACUUGACGAGGAGUUUGGACGAAAAUUUACACACGCGACAGGGGCCUGUGAGGACUUUCUUGAUUCUGGCGAGAUAUUGCUCAAGAACCGUGUUUCAAGAACAAAUGGAGGAGAUUAGGGGAAGUGGGAGUCUUUUGUGGCCCACGAAUGGAUUCAGAUUGUUGGUCGCGUGGUUGGGGUAUGUGAGGGUGGAGUUGAAGUUGGAGGCUUUUGAGGUUUGGUUGAGGGUUAAAAGGGUUAUGGGGAGGGUUUGA